AUGUCUGACUUUAUUCUUCCCGAAGCCCUCGUCAGGGAGAUCGAACUCGCUCUCGAAAACUCGCAAAUCGCGCAGGAUGCAUUGAGCGAGGCACUUCCACAGGAGAUCCAGGCUAAGCUCAUGCAAGCCCAAAAGGAACUCUUCGAAGAUCAAUCCGGUCAACGCGAGGAGUGGGUAUCGUUUCUUGUUCAAAACUGGAAAGUCUUGAUGCACGAGCUCCAGAGCAUCGGGAAUGAUCGCAUGGUCGCAUAUUUCGCCCAAGAUCCACCAUCGGAAGACAUCAAUGCCAAUCAGCGCCUUCGAUACAUCGCCGCCGCGAACGGAUUGUACGUUGGCUUGAUGGAGUUUCGACGAGUCCACUGGAGCACCAAGGAAGCUGUGUUGGCCAUGAACGGAAUGAAAAUGCUCUGCGAUACGGAGGACCCCACACAGAAGCUCUGGCAUGAUGAAGCUUAUUGCAUGUUCAUUGAAUGGGCCAAAUCGACCAUCCAGCCUGUUGUCACCACUCAAGACCAGCCUAUGACUGGCAUCGCGAUGGAAAUUCCGGGUGGAGCUCAGUAUGCCUCGAGCAUUCAGCCUCAGGCCCAGCAGCAGCUUGAAGUGGCCGCCACUCAAGACCAGCGAAUGACUGGAUCGGUGACGCAAAUUCCGGGGGGAGCUCAGUAUGCCUCGGGCACGCAGCCUCGGGCCCAGGCCCAGCAGCAGAACGAAUUCACCGCCACUCAAGACCAGCGAACUGGAUCGGCGAUGCACGUUUCGGUGGGAGCUCCACACAACUUCGGCACGCAGCUUCAGGCCCAGCAGCCGGUUGGGAUUGCCUACACUCAAGGCCAGCCUAUUACUGGUAUCUCGAUGCAAGUUCCGGUGGAAGCUCAGUAUGACUCGGGCACGCAGCUUCAAGCCCAGCAGCCAGCCAGAUUUACCGCCACUCAAGACCGGCGAAUGACUGGAUCGGCGAUGCAAGCCUCGGUAGGCGCUCAGCACGACUCUGGCACGCAGCCUCAAACCCAGCAGCCAGUUCAAUUGAUCAUGCGCGCCAAGAAGGGAACCAACAACCAGUCCGGUGCGCAGACCCCAGCCCGCCAAACCGGAGGAUCGGUCCCGAGAACCAUGGACGAGAUCAAUCAGAUCAGAGCUCGGAUGCAACGCCCGCGCCAGGCCAUACCGACUAUGGGAGCUCCAGGAGCAUUGCAGCAGCUGGCCACGGCCCGGAAUGGAGCCAAUGCAGGCGUACGUCGCUUUCCAAACAUCCCACAGGGAACAGCUAUCGAUGGUUUCGCCGCAACGGUUGGGGCAGUCGGCCUUCGAAAGAGUCCAUCGGCUGUGUUGAUCGAGGAAGCAGCCAAGAACCGUUUCGAAGCUCAAGUCCAAGCCCAGAUCCAGAAGCAGUAUGAAAUGCUCGCGAAGACUCGGAGGGUGACGCGUAGCCAGUCGAAGGUUCAAACCCAGGCGGCUCAAGCCAAGACCGAUACGCAGCAGCACGGCAGUUCGCUCUCGAAGGUCAAGAAAGCGCCGCUGACGAAGUCCAAGGUUGAGGUUCGAGGCCCUCAGAUUAUGGAUAGCGUUAUGGAUCAUAUUGCGCGAAAGGAUGACUUGUUGAAGGCUCAGAAAACGGCCCAAAUCCAGGCUCGCAGUGAGGUCCAGGCUCGGGCUCAGAUCCAGGCUCAGAUCCAGGUCCAGCCUCAGCCUCAGGUUCAGGUUCAGGCGCAUGUCCUCGCGCCUACCCAGCAUCCGGCUAUAUCAGUCGCCCCCGAUAGCGAGAUCCCUUCUUCCUCUCGCAUCACCCCAUGCGUGUCGGAGGGCAACCCCGACACCUGGCAUGUCGCUGGCCCCGACAUGCCAGCCAAACGGCCCACCUACAAAUUCAGUGGGGGCCAGGGGCAUGGGGUCCCCAGCUAUCUGGCACGGGGCCAAGGACUAGAAGCCGAGUCCUUCGCGCGGUGGUUGUUCGGCGCGGUUCUGGCGAGCCGCGAGCUCCACGAGCUCGCCACCAUGGAGAUGACCCACGUGGUGGGCGAGAUCAUGGACGCCGGUGACGACUGGGAUCUCAAGCACGCCGGCAAGUCGUCGUCCGCGUGCUGCGUCCCCCGUCCGCGCCCGACCCUCCGGGUGUACGCCGUGGCGCGCACCCAGCGCCACCCCAUCGAGGGGGCCCUGGCCCUUGCGGAGAACGCCCCGAAUGCGGACUCCUACGAGGCCACGGUGAUUUACCUCCGGGUGCGCGCCGAGAUCCUGGCGCAGGCGGCCGCGGCGAGCCGGAAGUGA